ACUGCUGUGGAUCGGUCCGGUGCCGUGUGACCGUUUACUGAAGAAAGUAACUCGAGAGGUACCUUCAAGGACAUUGAACGACUGGAAGGUCAAAGAAAGGAAUCACAAUGGUUGGCCAACCGCCUCUUACCGGACUCAAGGUCCUGGAGUUUGCCGGUCUAGCUCCAGGUCCCUUCGCCGGCCUCCUCCUCUCCGACGCCGGCGCCUCCGUCCUGCGCAUCGACCGCGCCGUCUCCGGCCCCGUCGCCCGGCAAGUCCCCGACCAACUAACGCGGCACAAAUCCUCGCUGGUCGUCGACCUCAAAUCUCCCGCGGGAGUCGCCCUCAUCAAAUCCCUCGCCGCUGUCUCCGACGUCAUCAUCGACCCCUACCGCCCUGGAGUCCUGGAGAAGCUCGGCCUAGGUCCCUCCGUUCUGUGUGAAAUCAACCCCCGCCUCAUCUACGCCCGCCUGACCGGCUUCCGGCGCGAUGGGCGGUUCGCCAACAUGGCCGGGCACGAUAUCAACUACCUGGCUGUGUCGGGCGUGUUGAGUCUGCUGGGGAGGCAGGGGGAGAAGCCGACGCCGCCGAUCAACAUCCUUGGCGACUUUGCCGGCGGCGGAGCGGUUUUGUUCCAGGGCAUCUUGCUUGCGCUGGCAGCGCGGGAGAGGACGGGUAAAGGGCAGGUGGUGGAGGCGAAUAUCGUCGACGGAGCGAGCUACUUGGCUACUUUCAAUCGGUUUGCGCUGAAGACGCCGGUGGGGAACGCGCCGAGGGGGGAGAACUUGCUGGAUACCGGCUGUCCUUAUUAUGAUACGUACGAGACUAGGGAUGGGAAGUACAUGGCUGUCGGGGCGUUGGAGCCGCAGUUCUUUAGGGAGUUGGUUAGGGGAUUGGGGUUGGAAGGGCAAGGGUGGGAGGAGAGGAGGGGGGAGAAGGAGAAUUGGCCGGAGCUGAGGAGGGUGUUGGAGCAGAAGUUUAAGACCAAAACGAGGAGGGAGUGGGGGGAUGUCUUUGAUGGGACCGAUGCGUGCUGCACGGCUGUUUUUCAGUAUGGCGAGAUGGAGAGGGAGAGGGAGAGGUCGGAGGGCGAUCAGAGACCGGUGGUCACGCUUAGGGAGACGCCUUGCUUGGCGGUGAGGAACGAUGCGAAGGACGCUAGGCAUGGGCAAGGGCCGGGCGUCAAGGGAGAAGCGUAUGUGGGCAUCCCGUUGAAGCCUGGAAAGGGAGGCGAGUCUGUCGUGGAGCAGUGGCUCGGUUGGAAGAAGGGUAAGGAGUUUGAUGUUUUGAACGGGAACGCUGUCGCUAUCAAGUCUAAGCUGUAAGGGGUUUUCACACGUUCA